UCAUGCACAGGAGUAGCCUACAUGCAUGGCAGUCAAUGCAGGACCACAGCCCAUCUGGCUCCAAGUCUUUCGGGUCACUUGAAAAACGUUUUAUAUGAAGCAGAUGACGAUGUACUUCCGGCUUGUCCUCUUGCUCUCCAUAGCUACCGUGGGACUGUGUAACCUGAAAAUCGCCUCCUUCAACAUCAAAUGGCUCAGUGUCAACAAACUGUCCAACAACGAAACACUGAGUAUCAUCAAACAGAUAAUACAAAGGUAUGAUAUAAUUUCCAUCAUCGAGGUAAGGGACGACCAUGCCAUCCACAUGUUGGUGCAGAAACUCAAUAUGGAUAAUCGGGACAACCCGUACGGCGUAGUAGUGAGUAAGAAACUGGGACGUAAUGUACACUAUACAGAAUCGUAUGCCGUCCUGUUCCGAAUAAAUAACGUGUUUGUACAAGAGGUACAUCAGUUCCCGGAUCAGGAUGACGUAUUUGCACGAGAACCAUAUGCUGUCAUGUUCCAUUCUCUCGAUUCACGCCCUGCCAACUUUAUAUAUAUUGUGCUCCACACACAGCCAACAGACACGCCCGCUGAGCUCGAACACAUGGUAUCUGCUUACGACAACAUCACCAAUCUCAUGGGGAUUCAGGACGCCAUUAUAGCUGGGGACCUGAAUGCUGAUUGCCGUUACCUGUCUCACACGCGCCACGACAACAACCUUCUCUACACAGACAAACGCUUCACGUGGCUCAUCGACAGUGAUGCCGACUCCACUGUGUCUACCAGUACCGACUGCGCUUACGACAGGUUCAUUGUUGCCGGGGAUGAGCUGAAACAGAAUAUUGUACCAAACAGUGCCCGUGUGUACAACUUCCAACAGGCAAUGAAUCUCACUCCUAACCAAACCAAUGCAGUGAGUGAUCAUUUACCCAUAGAGGUGCAAAUCGGUAACUGAAGCAAAUGAGGUGAAAGACAUUUCGUUCGCAGAUCUGUCGGUUCACUGACAUGUAAAUACAGCUUGUAUAAAGAAUCCCUUACUAACAA